AUGGGGAAGAUGAUCUGUGCCCUGCGCUCCUUUGCUCUUCUGUGGGCCUGCUGGCUUCCCUCGACUCUGGGACAAGAGCUGCAGGAGCAAGAUGCUCUCUGCGCUGCAGAUGGCUGCUACGCCGUCUAUUUCCAACGCAAGACCUUUCGGGAGUCGGCAAGGUUCUGCAAGGACAAAGGUGGUUCCCUGGCAACCCUAAAGAGUUCUGAGGAGGUGGCUGUGGUCCAUGAGCUCCUGUCGUCUGUGGAGCAACGAGGACCACGGGCCAGGGUCAGACUGUGGAUAGGGCUCCAUCGCCAGCCCAGGCAGUGCUCUGCCACACGCCCACUCAGGGGAUUCCAAUGGAUCACAGGUGAACAGGACACGCAAUACACCAACUGGCUGAGGGCGGACUCACCUAGUACUUGUGCCGCGCCCCGCUGUGUCGUCAUGAGUGUCAACACUGCUGCUGACACCCGGGAGCAGCACGACAACUUCAAGUGGCUGGAUGGCUCCUGCUCACUGGCUGUGGAUGGAUUCAUGUGUCACUACACCUACAGGGGGAUGUGCCCUUCUCUGAAGAGUGAGGGAGGCGGACCUGCUCUGUACACCACCCCUUUCAGCCUGCUCAGCACCAUCCUCACUCACAUCCCCUUUGGCUCAGUGGCCACCCUUCCCUGCCCAAAUAAUGAAGACAGCUUAGGAGACCAGUCUGUUCUUUGCAUGCUGAGGGAAGACGGGAGUGUGGGCUGGUCAAAGGAUUCCCCCCUCUGCUCUGAUGGCCUCCAGGACUGGUGUGAAGAAGAAAAUGGUGGCUGUGAACAUUUCUGUCAGAAUGCUGACACACAGUAUUACUGUGAGUGUUCUGACGGCUUCACACUGGCAGAGGACGGCCAGACCUGCCAGCCGAACCAUUCCUGUGGCAAUGCCAACUGUGAGUUUGACUGUGAGGAGACCGCUAAGGGAUUCCGCUGCAAAUGUCCAAACGGAUACCUGCUGGCACCUGAUGGACGCAAUUGCCUGGAUGUGGAUGAGUGUCUCCGGGGCCCCUGCCUUCAUAUAUGUGUCAAUGCUCCUGGGACAUUCGAGUGCCACUGUAACCAGGGCUACGAGCCCGAUGAAGAUGGCGAGUGUGUGGAUGUUGACGAAUGCAACGAUUCCAGUCGCUGUGAACACAGAUGUGAGAACACACCUGGUUCCUUUGCCUGCCACUGCCGCCAAGGCUACACUGAGUUGCCCGACGAUCCAGGCUUAUGCCAGGACGUGGAUGAGUGCCAGACCUCCGCCAGCUGCCACCAGAAGUGUCUCAACUAUAUGGGUGGGUUUGAGUGCUAUUGUGAGGCAGGGUACGAGCUGCAGUCAGACCAGUACUCCUGCAUGGCUAUUCCAGAAGGUGAUGACGAGUAUUCAUCAACACCAACCUCGUCCUACCAAACCUGGGUUACAGACAGAGACUGGGUUACAGACACCACACGCUUGGAGUGGCUGACAGAGCAGACAGUCCUUGAGAGGCUUCCGACUGACCUGGGCUGGUUUACAGAGGCCCCGCAGGAGGAGACAACAUCUACACCGGUUCCUCGCAGGCCGUCGGAUGGCCAUAACUCACACUGGGGUGUUCUCGCGCGGAGAAAGCCCGCUCGGAACACUGUCACACCCUCGCCCAGCUCGUCCUCGCAGGAAGAUGAUGACACUCAAAGCCAAGCAAGUGAUCCCUCAGUGGUGUCCAGGGUUAGUGACAGCCACCGCGCAGCAGUCCAGAAUGACAAGGGAGCUGGGAGAGUGGUAGAAACCCCAGACAUUGACUCUGACACUAAGGCCACCACCACCACACUCAGAGUCCCACCUCCAGCCCAAACAGUGUUUGCCUCAGGGGCCCAGUGGCCUGAGAGUAAAGGCAAAAGGAAGCAUGACAAGAGCUGGCUACUAGUAGCACUCCUGGUGCCCCUGUGUGUUUUCAUUGUGGUGAUGCUGGCUCUAGGCAUUGUGUACUGCACUAGCUGUGCUGUAGAACAAAACAAGAGUAUCACUGACUGUUACCGCUGGAUCAUCACCUCCAAGUCAGAGGGGGGAAACAAGGCGAAAUCUCGUGCUUGA